AUGCCGUACAAUAUUGCCAUGGUCAGCGACAACUUCUACCCUCAACCCGGAGGUGUGGAGAGCCACAUGUACCAACUGUCCACUAAACUCAUUGAUCGUGGACACAAGGUUGUUGUCAUUACUCAUGCGUACGCCGGCCGGACAGGCGUGCGCUACCUCACCAAUGGCCUCAAGGUCUACUAUGUGCCCUUCUUCAUCAUCUACCGCGAGACUGCCUUCCCCACCGUGUUCUCCUUCUUCCCCGUGUUUCGCAAUAUCGUCAUACGCGAACGUAUUGAGAUCGUACACGGCCAUGCUAGUCUAAGCAGCCUCUGUCAUGAAGCCAUUCUGCACGCUCGAACUAUGGGGCUGAGGACAGUCUUCACAGAUCACAGUCUCUUUGGCUUUGCAGACGCUGGGACUAUCCUCACAAACAAGCUCUUGAAAUUUACUUUGAGCGACGUAGACCACGUAAUCGGCGUCAGUCACACGUGCAAAGAAAACACUGUUCUUAGAGCUUCCCUCGACCCGUCCAUGGUUUCAGUCAUACCAAACGCGGUUGUCGCCGAAAACUUCCGUCCGCUUUCGCAAGACCUGCCCGAUUCGAAGCAUCGAACAGCCCCUGGCCCUCGACAGCCACUUGGGCCUGACGAUGUCAUCACCAUAGUGGUCAUCUCGCGACUCUACUACAACAAAGGCACCGACUUGCUAGUUGCGUCCAUACCCCGUAUCAUUGCCGCGAACCCCAACGUUCGCUUCAUAAUCGCUGGCAGCGGCCCGAAAGCUAUCGAUCUCGAGCAGAUGAUCGAAAGAAACGUGCUGCAAGAGAAGGUCCUCAUGAUGGGUCCAGUCCGUCAUGAGGAGGUACGAGAUGUCAUGGUGAAGGGGCAUAUCUACCUACAUCCGUCGCUGAUGGAAGCGUUCGGCACAGUCAUCGUGGAAGCUGCUUCCUGUGGUCUCUACGUAGUGUGUACACGAGUCGGCGGUAUCCCUGAAGUGCUUCCUACGCAUAUGACGGAGUUUGCAGCACCUGAGGAGGAUGAGAUUGUCGCUGCGACCGGACGCGCAAUCGCAAAACUUCGUGAAGGCAAGGUCAGGACAGAUCUGUUUCACAAUCAGGUAAAGCAGAUGUACUCGUGGACAGAUGUCGCGCAACGAACAGAAAGGGUAUACGACGGUAUUAGCGGCGUCAUCCGGCAUGAUGAGUUCUACCAGGGUGCAGGUGCUGCCGGGGUAUGGAGUGCUACGCGUGGUCGGUCUGGGGUGCAGAGUUUUGCACUUAUCGAACGCCUCAAAAGAUACUACGGCUGCGGUAUCUGGGCAGGCAAGCUGUUCUGCUUAUGUGUCAUUGUGGACUAUCUGCUCUACGUCCUCUUGGAGCUCUUUGCGCCGAGAUCCAGGAUCGACAUCUGCAAGGAUUGGCCCAAGAAGCUCCCGAGGGAGACCAAAGAGAAGGAACUCGAAAAGCCCAGAGACAGCAGCAGUCUCAUGAGAAAGAGAAGCAGCCGCUACCGCCUCGAGAAAAGAGACGAGAAAGACCAUGUGUGA